AUGACGGCAGAGACGGGCGUGAAGGAAGAUCAUGAUGUGAAGGAGGUCGAGGACUCAGGCAAGAAGAAUUUCUUUGGCAGGAAGAAGACCAAAGUCAAGAACCCUGCUCCCUCCUCCUCCGCUGCUGCUGCUGCUGAUCCUCCUCGACCUCCUCCUCCCCUCCUGGGCCAGCUCAACCGCCUGCUCCUCCUCCGGCGCUGGAUGGACCUGCUCUUCGAGCAGAGCAGCCGGCUACCUGAAGACGCCUGCAUAGUGCUCCUGACCGCCCUCUACCGCCUCUCCCUCUCCUCCCUCCAGGACCUCAAGGCCGGUGCCCUCGACCUCGGCUGGACACACUCGGGGAGCCUGGGGGAGCUGCUGUUCGGUGUGGAGAGGACAGUGAGGAUCGCGCGGGGGAACCUGAUGCGGCUGGAGGGGCUGUGGGGAACGAUUUCUGUUCACUUGUCGCACGUGUCGUCGCAUGCUCGUUCGGUCAUGCGGCAGCAUGGGAUGCUCUACUUCUCCGAGCUGAUGAACGAGGCCUUCAACUUCGCGUGCUCGGCUGGGGGGGAGCAGGGCGGGGAGGAGGAGCGAAGGAAGGACGGGAAAGGGAAGGACGAGGGAAGCUCUGCUAGCCUCAAGAAGAAACUGAUCGGGGCGUACGAGGACAUGUUCAAGUGCUCUUACAGUGACACCAAGAGCCUCGUUCUCUCCAGCCUCCAUCAGCUGCUCUCUUCCUACGGUAUGAACAUCCAGUCUGCCUGGCCCUCCAUCCUUCACUUCCUCCCACUCGUCGCUCAGGAUCCAGAGAGUCAGCAGGUGCGGCAGGGAGCCACGUGCCUCGCCUACGUGUGCGAUCACCUUCUGCUCUCCCUCUCGCUCCCCGACGUCGAGCAGCUCCUGCAGUGCCUCCUCCUCUUCGCCUCUCAGGACGUGGAUGCUGAGUCGAGCCUGCGGGCGAUCGCGAUGACGCGGGACGUGGGAAGGUAUCUGAUGGGCAAGCUCUGCCGCCAGGAGUUGGAGGGGAAGGAGGAGGAGAGGAGGAGGGCAGAGGUCACUCGCUCGGUCCUGUCCUCCUUCGCCAAGCUGGUCCAGCUAGGGAGGGACAAGAGGAGCAGAGUGAGGGAGGAGGCGAUCAGCACGGCAGUGGAGAUGAGUCUGGGGCCCGAGGACAAGUGCGCGCAUGUCAUGAUCAGCUUCCUUGGGUCCCUCCUCCUCCCCUACCUCCAGGAGACCUCCGGCUGGAUGGAGACGGUGGAGCAGGAGAAGAAGAACUUGCACAGGCAGUGGCUGAGGACUUGGAGCGCGGGGAUGCGGGGAGCAGCCAAGGUGCUGAGCGAGCGGAUGGCAGGGGCUGGGAAGGGAGGGAAGGAGGAGGAGGAGGAGGUGUGGGGGUUGUGGGAUCCCUUCCUCCAUCUGUACAAGUGGAGCCUGCGCAGUGAGAACAUGGCGAUCGCAUGCGAGGUGACGAGCGAAGUUUGCGCGCUGAUGUCGAGGAACAUAGUCCAGCUGCCACUGAGCUGCUGGACGAGGCUGUGGCAGGAGGUGGAGGAGAGGAUGCGGGAGCUCUGCGAGGAUGAGCGGGUGGAGAUAGAGCGCAUGUGGCUGAUCCUCUCCGAGCUGACGGCGGUGCUGCAAGAGAGCCGAGCAAGUGCAGGGGAGAAGCUGAGCAGAGAGAUCAUCGCGAGCUACGUGGACAUGCUCAGCUCGCUGGCUGUGAGAGAGUGGAGGAAGAAAGGUGACGUCCUCCUCCUCCACAGCAAGGGAUCAGUACCUUCCUCCCCGUCCCCAGGCGAGAGAGGGACGGAAGAGGAAGCGGGAGGGGGAGGGGAGGGGUUGAUGAACGAGCGGAUGGCGCAGCAGUUUGAUGCUCUCGUCCUCCUCCUCGACAGCUUCAGCGCAGCUGAGAAGAUCGACCUCUGGAGGAAACUCUUCGCCUCCUUCUCCUCCGUCCUCCCCGGCAGCUGCAGCAGCAAGGAAUGGUCGUCCCACCUCAAGGAUGGGAAACCCAGGAAAGAUCCUUCUCCCUCCUCGUCCUCCCCCUCCUCGUCCUCCCCCUCUUCCUCCCACCAGCACAGCGUCGCCGUCACUUCUCGAGCAGCGUUGGCCCUCAACUUUCUGUUCGAGCGGGCAGGGGAGGAAGUGCAGCCGCGAGUCUUCGAGGAAGCGAUCCUCCGCCUCCUCCUCGCCUUCUCCUCGUCAGGACCAGGAGGAGCCCAGCAGUCGCUGCGGCUGCCGGUGGCUCAGGUGGUUGAGAAGAUCGUGGAGAUCGGCAUCUCCCAGCUGAAGGCCCUGGAGGAGGAGAGCCAGCGGAGAAUCUGGACGUGUAUGAUCGAAGGGUUCAGAGAGGCGAUUCUCUGUGUGGAGAAGAAGACGAAGAGCGAAGCAGAGCUUGUGGACGAGACAUGGUGA